AUGCCGCGUGCGAAGGCCGCACAAGCCGGAAAGGCUGGUCCCACCAAGAGACGGCUGGCCGAGCACUUUGCCGCCGGGGAGGUGCUGACCGACAUGGCCAAGAAGGAGUGGAAGCUCGGUGUGCCUGUGGGCCAAGGUGGCUUUGGCUGUAUAUAUCUUGCUGAUAAAAAUUCUUCAAAGCCGGUUGGCAGUGAUGCACCCUGCGUUGUAAAAGUGGAGCCGAGUGACAAUGGACCUCUUUUCACUGAAUUAAAGUUCUACCAACGAGCUGCCAAACCCGAACAGAUUCAGAAAUGGAUUCAUGCCCACAAACUGAAGUACCUGGGUGUUCCUAAGUACUGGGGGUCUGGUCUACAUGAUAAAAAUGGAAAAAGUUACAGGUUCAUGAUAAUGGAUCGCUUUGGAAGUGACCUUCAGAAAAUAUAUGAAGCAAAUGCCAGAAGGUUUUCUCGGAAAACUGUCUUGCAGCUAAGUUUAAGAAUUCUGGACAUCCUGGAGUACAUCCAUGAGCACGAGUACGUGCACGGCGACAUCAAAGCCUCGAACCUCCUCCUGAGCUGCAAGAACCCCGACCAGGUCUACUUGGUCGAUUAUGGCCUUGCCUAUCGGUACUGUCCAGAAGGCGUCCACAAAGACUACAAAGAAGAUCCUAAAAGAUGUCAUGAUGGCACCAUGGAAUUCACCAGCAUCGAUGCGCACAAGGGUGUGGCCCCUUCUAGACGUGGUGACUUGGAGACACUUGGUUACUGCAUGAUCCAGUGGCUCAGUGGCCGGCUUCCGUGGGAGGAUAACUUGGAAGAUCCUAACUACGUUCGCGAUUCCAAAAUUAGAUACAGAGAAAAUAUUGCAAGUUUGAUGGACAAAUCCUUUCCUGGGAAAAACAAACCAGAUGAAAUUGCCAAGUACCUGGAAGCAGUGAAGCUGCUGGACUACACGGAAAAGCCUGCCUACCAGGGGUUACGAGACAUCCUCUCCCAAGGACUCAGAGCACUGGGGAGCAAGGAUGAUGGCCAUUUGGAGCUCAGCCUCGUGGAGAAUGGAGGGGUGAGACCGAAGACAGUGACCAAGGAAAGAAACCAAGAAGUU